CACAGCACCACUUCCACAAGAGGACACAUCAUAGUUGAUGGUAGCUGAAAAAAAGCAUAUUUGACUUAUUGCUUCUCUACUUUAAACCAGUUUCCUCGCAGCAGUUCUUCCACUGUGUUUGUUAGCUUCUCUGCCAAAAGGGCUUUGGCUCAUUAAUCACACACGGAAAGAUGAGCGUCGAGUACCGAGCCUACACAGGAAGUGAUAUGGACAUGGACAGGAGUGAAAUUAACUACAAAAAGUUUUCUACUCAUGGAAAAAAUCUUAUCUCUUCAGUUUAUGCCCUGAGAGGCAACAGCUUUAAGGUCGCGACAAUUGGUCUUGGACUGCUCUGCGUGGUACUGGUGGCUUGGCUCAUAGGCCAACGUGUGAGCUGUGACAAUGUAAAACAAGACAAUGAGAACAAAUUAAAAGCUCUUAUGGAAAACAAGGAGGAGCUGCAAACAUCACUGAAGAUCGUGCAACAAGCGAAAAAAGAUCUUGAAGCCAGUCGCAAGCAGCUACAGGAGAAUAAUGACUAUAUAUCAAGGAGAAGAGAGCAAGUAAUGAGCACUAACAGAGAUUUGGUGAAUGAGAGAAAUGAGCUUAAACUUAAGCUAAGCCAGGCAGAGGCCAGCAGCAGUGCUGUAAACAAAGAACUGGAACAACUAAAAGGCAGUAUGGCCCAGCUGAAGAAAGAAAAAGAUGCCUUGGAUGCAGCCCAGAGCAACUUACACAAACAAUAUGAUGCAGCUGUCAAAAGCAAGAAAGAGCUACAGGCCAGUUGUGACAGUGUGACUAAAGACAGGAACAAUCUAGAGAACAAGUUCAACAAUGUGAGCAGAUCAAGAGAUCAGCUCCAGCUCAGUUACAAUGAUAUGGUCAAGAAGGUAGAGGAGCUACAUGACAGGUACAACUUCUCCAUUAGUGAGAAGGACAAGCUCGCAAGCAGACACCAAAACCUGACAGCCAAGAUCCAAACACUGCAAGACAUGUACAACAUACUGAAGAAGGCAGAGGAUGACCUGCAGAAUUCAUAUGCGUCAGUGAAGGGGGAAAAAAGCGAGCUCGAGAGCAGCCUUAAGAAUGCAACAAGAGAGCGAGACCUGCUCAAAGCGAAAGCUGACAACCUAACUGCCGAGCGAGAGCAGCUACUGGCUUCUGUCAACAAGCUGAAUGCAAUUAUUCAAGAGAAGAAUUGCAGUGCUGGCUGGAAGAAGUUCCAAUAUAGCUGCUACUUGCCCUCUACGAUCAAAAAAACCUGGACACUAAGCAGAGAGGAUUGCCUAAGCAAAGGAGCUGACCUCGCAAUCGUGAACAGUGAAGAAGAGAUGGCAUUUCUCAAUGGCUUACAUAGUAUUGAAAAAGAGGCGUGGAUUGGCCUUACUGAUGGAGGAGUGGAAGGGCAGUGGAAAUGGGUGGAUGGAACACCACUGAAUCUAACGUUCUGGGCUAAAGGGCAGCCCAACAGCCACCAAGGGAGGGACCAGGACUGUGUGGAGUUCUGGCACCGUGCAACAGGGAAUGGUGACUGGAACGAUGAAAAUUGUAACGUUGAACAACACUGGAUUUGUGAGAAGUAGCGUUUCUUUGCAGCUUUGCGGCAGCACUGUUUUGCUUCAAGGAGGAUGAUGAACUGAAAAAAAAAACAUACAACAAAGACACUGAAUCACUUAUAAUGCAGAAGAAGGUCAGAUGGAACCAAAAUCCAACCUUUUGGCUUACACAAAUCAUAUGUGUGAAGAAAAAUUAACAAUGCUAUGAGCAUAACUUCCCCACAGCGAGACUGCAUAAUGCAGUGGGAAGUUUUAAUUUUUAAAAAAUAUUAAAAAAAAAUAUUUACAUUUUUAAGAAAAAUAUUUACAUUUUUGCUUAUCUUAAAAAAGUUAUUUAAUCCUUUUUCAAGCACUCAGCAACAUUUCUGUUUUAACUGCAGACUCAUUGGGAUAUUUGAACAUGUUCAGGUAUUGCAUUUUAAAAUGGAGCUGGCAGAGAAUAAUCUUUUUCUUGUGACUGGUUGAAUUGAUAGUUAUUCCAGUACUUCUUCUGAAAAAGAUAGUAUAUACCACAGUUUUCUAAGGUCUGUUUAAAAGGUUAGGAUGAUGUUUUGGAUUAUAGUGAUUAAACUGUUGCUGAUUUUCUCCUGAUGCAUCUCAAUAAUCCGUGUAGAAAAAACAAGAAUUGGCCUUCAGAGUCCUAACAAUCAGUUGGUAGCUUGCUGGUCCUGUUUUGGGUGUGAGCAACCAGUUUUGAUUGUCACAGCUAAACUUGAUUCUCUAUGCUGCAUUUAAGGCAACAUUUAUCCACAACUCCUCAGACUGAUGAAGUGUCGGAGAAUUGAUGAAAUGUUUCAACAAAGAACAGCCAGUUUAGAGGAAAUACUAUUUUCUUUGAUGUAACAGGAAUCCUGUUAGUUAGUUUAGUUUGUUUGUUUCAGUUUAGCUCUUUUUUUCAAACAGUUUAAAAACCACCAACGUGGAGCAUAACCCGAGGCACUCGAUAACUGUUAAGAUCUACACAAGUAGCUAUGUAUAUUGCUCAGUAACAACUCAUUUUGUUGAGUGUAUAUCUGUAACUGUUAUGUGAUUGGAACACGUCUUAUUUGUUAACUAAAUGUUUGCAGCUGUUUCUCCUCACUGUAUUAUUAAUUUGACAUCUCCAUCUCUCCAAUCAGUUCCUCCAGAUUUUCUUUUUUUAAAUGUGUGUAUCACUGCAAGCUUAAAAUUACUUCUUGAUUAACCACAGAUACUGGAAUGCAGCAAAUGUCUAAUUAAGAGUAUAUUACAAUAAACUAGCUUCUGGUGAU